AUGGCGCAAGCUUCGUGCCUCGUCCUGCGCCUCGACGGGGCCGACGCGCCCCCUGGCCUCGGGGAGCCAUGGGAGGUGAUGGAGGUCGGGGACGUGCCCCCUGGCCUCCCCAUGGCGUCGACGAGUAACCGCCAGGGGGUCAAGCGGUCCCGUCCGAAGAGGGGCUGGAUUGAUCCGCUGUUGGAGCAGGCUUCGCCACGGCCAUGGGAAGCCUGCCCCGACAUGAUCGCCGUGCUGCACUGCCCUCCAGGCGGAGGGCAGAGUUGGCCCCGCCCCUGGGCGAUCGACGCGGGGUGGGCGCCAGGGCAGCCCGCGUUCACCCUGACGCCCACCUCCACGACGCACUUGCUCAUGGAGUGGGAGGUGGGCGGGGGCAGGCGGCUCCAAUGGUACCGCAGGGUGGACGCCCUGCCGUACCGCUUCUACUUCGCGCGGGCAAUCGCCUCAGGCCCCGCCCAAGGCCUCUCCGAGCCAACCUGUCCAUUGACGGGCUGCUUGGAGCAGGCGCUCCUGGGCCACUGUGAAGCCCAGGGGGCGAAUGUCGCGUUCGAGCUCGGACAAUACCAUUACCUCACAAAGGACAAGGAGGCGGCUGGCACGCCAGCCGAGAGGGGCACCUCGCUCGCGGACAAGCUCGCGUGCCUCCUCAAGCACCUCCGCCGCUUGAGGGACAACCAGACGCGCAGGCCGUCUCGCAUGCCGAGUUGCGCCGACUUCAGCAUCGUCCCAGCGGCUUCCGAGUCCGAAGGCGACGGCGAGCACGGCGAGACGGACACCGAGAAGAACAUCGACGAGACCUCUGACGAGGACGACGCGCUGGUGACGCAGGGCGCCGCGGCGCUGGUUUCUGGCAGGCCCGCGGUCCACAUCGAGGCCGACGAGGUGGAGUCGACCCCUGCGAAGAAGCCCAGGAAGAGCAUCACGCAGAAGACCUCCUCCGACAAGUGCGACGCCAGCUACGCGCCGAGCCCAGUCCAGCACGUCGGCCCCAAGCUGGAACCUGACAAGGAGGCUGCCGCCCAGGCGGCCCCGCCGGAGCAGGUGCAGGCGGCCGCCCCCGCGGCCGAGGCCGCGCCCAGAAAAGUGCUCCCGAAGGUCGUGAAGGUGAAGAAGUUGAAGGCCACCCAAGAUGCUGUCCGCCGCCUUUCCGCAGCUGAAGUGCGGUGCCCGUCGGCCGCUACGCAGCUCGCGCCCCUGGCGGCCCCGCCCGGGAACAGCGCGGGAGCGGAGUUGGCGAGGCUACAGGUGCAGGCGUUGCAGCAGCGCGAGCGGGCCGAGAGGGUCAGCGCCGUCGCCACGCCGGCGGCCAGCGAGCAGAUCCUUGCCGCCCCCGCCGCAGGCGCCGCCCCGGCCGCCCCGCAGCCGACGGAGGAUGAGAGGAGGCAGCGCGCGGAACACCUGCGCAGGACCCGCGAGCUGCUCGUGCAGAAGCGCAACAUGGAGCGCCAGCGCGCAGUGGGCGAGUACCAGGCGGCCGGCGGCGCCGCGAGUGCAGCGGCGGCCAGCGCCGCCAGGAAGCCGCAGGCGGGCGCCGGCCAGCAGCUGGCGGCCCAGCUGGCUGGCCCCUCGAGCGGCGCUGGAGUGCCCGCAGGCGACGCGGCGAAAGACAUGCGACAGGUGCUGGCAAUGCAGCUGCGCCAGACGCUCACCUCCAGUGUCCCCAGCGACGUGGCCAGCGGCGCGCUUGGAAGGCUCGAGAGCAUGAAGCAGCCGUGGGGGCCUCGGGGCGCUGCCGCGGCCUGCGGCUGGUGCAGCACCCCAGCCACAGCUCGUGGCAGAAGGUCUUCCCUACCAUUUUGCUCCGACUUGGUUGCCGCAGGCGGGGGGCUGUAG